GUGCCUGUGCCUGUGUCUGUGCCUGUGUCUGUGCCUGUGUCUGAGCCUGUGCCUGUGCCUGUGUCUGUGUCUUUGUAUGUGUAUGUGUCUGUGUCUGUGCCUGUGCCUGUGCCUGUGUCUGUGCCUGUGCUUGUGCCUGUGCCUGUGCCUGUGUCUGUGCCUGUGCCUGUGCCUGUGCCUGUGCCUGUGCCUGUGCCUGUGCCUGUGCCUGUGCCUGUGCCUGUGCCUGUGCUUGUGCCUGUUGUGCCUGUGCCUGUGCCUGUGCCUGUGCCUGUGCCUGUGCCUGUGCCUGUGCCUGUGCCUGUGUCUGUGCCUGUGCCUGUGCCUGUGCCUGUGCCUGUGCCUGUGCCUGUGCCUGUGCCUGUGCUUGUGCCUGUGUCUGUGUCUGAGCCUGUGCCUGAGCAAUUGAAUGUGGAAGUAGAACAUGCAUCGGCAGAAAUUAGGCCAACUCGCAACGGGGAAGGUAAUAGAACUCCAAAGAAGAUCGUCGACAAAUAG